AGGCGGUGCAGUGCAGGUUGGGAUGCGGAGUGGCUUUGGGUGCUACUGGUGUGAGUCUGAUUGCUGCUGCUCACAGGAAGCACGAGAUUUCACAAUAAGAGGAUUGCACGCAGGACUAGAUAGACAGGCAGGCAGACAGUCGCCUCCUCCUCCCUCAGACGGCAGAACUUCAGAGUGGCAGGCAGAGAGAGCUGUGUGAUGGGACUCGUGAAGCUGCUGUGGCCUGCACUUUGACCUCAGGCUGUGAGGAAGAGGAGGCAUGAGGAAGAACUACAGUGCUAUCCCGCUCAUCUAUGUGACAGAGGCGGAGCGUAACGCCUGCGAUGUCCUCAGCAUCCCGGUGCCCAUCCGUCGAGGUGGCUCAGAGUCCAACCUGGACGUGGUCGACAGCGUGGGACACGACGGCGUGGGUCUGGACUUCACCAAGGGAGCGCUGGGUAUCGACACCCUGCAGCAGAAGAUCCUCAAGGUGACGGAGCAGAUUAAGGUGGAGCAGACGGCUCGGGACCAGAACGUGGCCGAGUACCUGAAGCUGGUGAACAGCGCCGACAAGCAGCAGGUGUCCCGGAUACGUCAGGUGUUCGAAAAGAAGAACCAGAAGUCUGCGCACACCAUCGCUCGGCUGCAGAGGAAGCUGGAACAGUAUCACCGGCGCAUGAAGGACGGCGAGAGCAACGGCAAGCACAGCAGCAAGGAUGGCAGCAGCAAGGAGUCCGGGACUCACAGCAAGGAGGGCAGCCUGCGGGACGUCAGCGCCACCGGACGACACCCGGCGCUGGACAAGGUCAAGACCAUCGGACCCGGCGUGUCGCUCUCGCCGCCGUUCUUCUUCAAUAAGUCGCGGGAGUUCGCCAACCUCAUCAGGAACAAGUUUGGCAGCGCCGACAACAUUGCCCACCUCAAGAGCUCCAUGGAGACGGGGCCGGGGCUGCAGGUGGAGGCCGGAGCGAGGGGUCUGAGCGGCAGCGCCACCACAGUAGCCAAGGCCAAGUACCACAGCGACGACGAGUGCUCCACAGGGACGUCUGCCUCCGCCGACUCUAACGGGAACCCGGCGGGUGGCUCGGGGGCCGGAUCUGGGGACCCGGGGAGGUCAGACUCCAACGGGCGUCUGGUGGAGGUGCUGGACAUGGUGCGGGAGAUCAGGGAGGCUCAGUCACAGCUGGCGGAAGACAUGGAGGCUCUGACCACGCAGUUCAAACACGACUACAGCUACUUCACUCAGGUGAUGCAGGAGGAGAGAUACAGGUAUGAGCGACUGGAGGACCAGCUGAACGACCUGACGGAGCUCCACCAGCACGAGACCAGCAACCUGAAGCAGGAGCUGGCCAGCAUCGAGGAGAAGGUGGCCUACCAGGCUUAUGAGAGGGCCAGAGACAUACAGGAGGUUCUGGAGUCGUGUCAGACUCGCGUUUCGAAGCUGGAGCUGCAGCAGCAGCAGCAACAGACGGUUCAGCUGGAGAACACCGACGCCAAAGUGCUGCUGGGGAAGUGCAUCAACAUCAUGCUGGCCAUCGUCACCGUCAUCCUGGUGUGCGUUUCCACGGCGGCCAAGUUCACCGCGCCGCUUCUGCGUAGCCGCCUCCACUUGGCGCUCACCUGCGUGGGCGUGUCUCUGCUGGCGCUGCUCUGGAAGAACUGGGAACAUCUGCAGUGCGCUGUGGAACGAUUGCUGCUCCCACAUUAAGACGGAGACUUUAUCCAAACCCUGAGAACACAGGAAGGAGUUUACAUGUAGCCUUACACCAGCCCUGCUGUCAGAUGAACCCACAGUAAAGAGAAUCCAUGGACACGUGUGGAGAGCUUUACCCAGAAUGCACCUCCACAUUAACUACGCACAGAUAUGAGCUGAUAUAAACCAACAUUAAAACGUGGCACAGCGCCGCCAUAACCCUGAGUCACUACACCAGUAAACAAUCAACCAGACGGAUUGUUCAGAUUCCAGGAGACUCACAGCAACACACUGAUAUAAACACACACACUUCCUGUUUCCUGUCAGCUGUACUCACCUCUAAACAAAGUGGCCGUCAUGAGAGCAGUUCCACCACACAGUUUGCCUCCUUUUCACCAGCCGGCUGUAACAAACACAACGUCCACCUGAAGGUUGAUUUGUACUGUCUGUACUCUACCGUUCUGUAUUUAUGGGAUGUUUUUUCUUGUGUCGUUUUAACAUGUGUGAAUGAGUAAUUCUGUGUUUUCAUGUCCGCCUGCUGGUCUGUACCGUGUGUCCUAAAGGAGUUUGACUCUUUGGGAAACGUUCUUGUCUGAAUGUUAAAUAUGAAGCUGGAGCCUGCAGACGUUAGCUUAGCCUGAAGUAGGAAGUAGGAGGAUAAAAUGUGCCUCUAAAGCUCCCUAACGAGCAGAAAGUAGAAAUCUUUGAGUCACUUGGAUUCAGUAUUUCUUUCAUUGAUCCUUAUGACAAAAUUAAUUGCGUGUUCAUGGGAUUUACAGCACUGACUGUAUAUAAAGACAGAUGAAUGGAAUAGAACAGCUUUAAUGUCAUCAUACAUGGGGCCAGAAAUAGAAAUAGCUGUGACUAGAUGGUGAGAUAUAUAUAUAUAUGUAUAUAUAUAUAUAUAUAUAUAUAUAUAUAUAUAUAUA